ACAAUAUAAAGGACAUACAUCUCCUUCACACUCUUCUCCUCGCCCCUCAACUCCCUCAAUCCACAGAGCGGCUAAAAUUUUCUCCCGUCGCUUUAGAUAAUACACAAGAUUGAGCUUCCAAAGCCAUAAACAUGGAAGGCAUUGUGCGGCCGCUCUUCAGCUCAACGACUCUAUUACCACCCAGACCAUCUCCUUUUUGUAAUUACAUUAUCUAUAAUAAACUCCCACUUUUUCUCUCCCAAACUCCAACCCUCUCUACAACUCUAUUUGUCCGUUCUCACUUCCAUUCUUCUGAAGAGAGAUCCCAACUUGCAAACAAGAUUAAGGCUCUUAGCCGGUUAAAAGCCAAGCUAUUAGUCACAGCUGAGGAGCAACGUGCAUCUGAAAUCAAGCAAAUAAGGGGAGAUGCAGUGAAGGCUGAGUGGGGGCAGCAGAUACGGAAUUAUGUAUUCCAUCCAUACAAACUCGUCAAGGAUGUAAGGAUGGGAGUUGAAACGUCAGAUAUUGCAUCUGUUAUGGAUGGUGAACUAGAUAGUUUCAUCAAAGCUUACCUCAAGUACAAAUACAGCAAGGCAAUUUCUGAAUCCGACACCAGUUAACAUUACACUGAUUAUUGAUCAUCUCUUUCAUGUACUAUAGGUAUAUACGGGUUCUGAUUCUUCAGAUGGAAUGUGAACCUAAGAAUGUAGAUUAUCAUGACACAUGACAUUUCCCUUGCUUUUAUACUGACUAGAAGCUGCAAGGUCAGAUAUUCUAUCCAUAUAAAACUUCAGUUUGAAAAAACAUUAAUGGAUACA